AAGAAAGGCGAGGACUUUCAAAGUCUAUUGAGCGAAGCACCUGCAACUACAAGUCCUGCAAAAGAAGAAGUGAAGGAAGAAGCUAAAGCUAUAAUAGUUGCCGAGACAGCAGCUCCUGUAGUUCAAACUGUUUCUUCAUCAGAUCAACGCAUAAAAGCCAGUCCUCUUGCUAAAAGUAUAGCCAAGGAGAAAGGCAUCAAUCUUUCCAAUCUAUCUGGGAGUGGUGAAGAAGGUCGAAUAGUAAAGAAAGAUGUAGAGUCUUAUCAAGGUGGUGGAGCUGCAGACAAUGGAGCUAGUUUACUAAAGAAUCUUCCUAUAGGUCAAGAAUCUUUUGAAGAAAUUCCAUUAUCUCAGAUGAGAAAAGUAAUAGCGAAGCGACUAGCAGAGUCUAUGUACACAGCUCCUCAUUUCUAUUUGACUAUCGAAGUCAAUAUGGAUAAUGCAAAA